AAACUACAGAGAAUAAAAAGCUCCUCCUGAUCAGUGUUAGGGUUCCAAAACCCCCGCCAUUUUUUCUCCCUUCGCCGUAACCCUAAAUGGCGUCUACUGCGGCGGACGGUAAGAUUGCGGCUGCUGCUUCGUCGCGGAUCAAUAGUAGCCAAAACGACGCUUCUGCAUCUCCGUCGAUGAACUCCAAGGACUUCAUCGUCUCCGUCGCUGCUAACAUCGCCUCUCAGCCGCUGCAGAACUACGACUCGAACGUCUGGGGCGUCCUCACCGCAAUUUCGAAUAACGCUCGCAAACGCCGCCAGGGAAUAAACAUACUUUUGAAUUCUGAUGAGCAUUGCUUCGGGCGGCUGCCGAGUCACGCGAGCUAUCAGGUUGAGUCGAAUGCUAUAAGUGGGAAUCACUGUAAGAUACAUCGUAAGGUGGUCACAGGCGGUGAUGCGUCUGUCUUCUUGGAAGACACUAGCACGAAUGGUACGUUUCUCAAUUGGGAGAGAGUGAAGAAGAAAGGUCCUGAAGUCAGGGUUCAGCAUGGUGACAUCAUAUCUUUUGCUGCUCCUCCUGACCAUGAGAAGGCCUUUGCAUUUGUAUACCGCGAAAUACUUGGAAACAAUCCUGCGGUUUCCUCCAUGAGCAGAAAAAGAAAAGCAGAGGAUAUAACUUGUGAAAUUAAGAGGCCGAAGGGGAUUGGGAUUGGUGGUCCUGAUGGUCCAAUAUCUUUGGAUGAUUUUAAGAGCCUCCAGCGAUCAAACACAGAACUGAGGAAACAGUUAGAAGCACAAGUGCUUACCGUUGACACUCUGCGUAAUGAGUCCCGGGCAAUUGUGGAGCUUCAUGAAAGUGAAAUAAAACAGAUGAAAGACUCCGUUGCAAAAUCAUUUCAGAAUGAAUUGACUGAGCUGCGUGAGCUAAUAGAUACUAGGCAAAAAGAACUGGCGCAGGUCAACAAAGUAUCCGCAGAACAGAAGCAUUCUAUAGAUGACCUUGGCGAGAGACUAAGCGGUUCUUUGCAAUCUCUCAGUGAAGCAAAUGAAAUAAUUAAAAGUCAAAAGGCAACUAUAGAUGAACUGAAGACAGGGGUGGAUGAAGAGAGAAGUCAAAGAAAAGAGGAACGAGAAACUGCCGCUGCUGAAAUAAAAGCUGCGAUACAUAAAUGCCAAAUUGAGGCUCAGGAAGAAUUGAACAGAUUUUCUGAUGUUGCUAUGAGACACGAGAGGGAACAACAAGAAGUAAUCAACAAAAUGAAGGAGACAGAGAAAGAAAGGUCCACCCAAGUGGAAACUUUGAUGUCAAAAUUGGAAGAUACGAGGCAGAAGCUGGUCUACUCUGACAAUAGAAACCGUCAGCUAGAAGCUCAACUUUCCGAGGAGCAGCUUGCUUCUGCUAAUGCACAAAAAAAAAUGGAAGAACUAGACCUGGAAAUAAAAAGACUGCAAAAGGAUCUGGAGAACGAAAAGCAGGCAGCCCGAGAAGAAGCAUGGGCAAAAGUGUCUGCCUUAGAACUAGAGAUAAGUGCUGCUCUUCGAGAUCUUGACGUUGAAAGACAGAGACACCGUGGUGCAAGAGAAAGAAUCAUGCUCCGUGAAACUCAGUUGCGGGCAUUUUAUUCUACGACUGAGGAGAUCUCAGCUCUGUUUGCAAAGCAGCAGGAACAGCUCAAGAACAUGCAGAGAACUCUAGAAGAUGAGGAAAAUUGUGACAAUAUUUCAUUAGAUAUUGAUCUUAAUCCAGUAAACAGAAGUCUCAUCAGAGGUAAUAAUACUCGGGAAGAUGUCAGAGCAACGAACUGUGCUGCCAAGGCAAGCUCCUCCACAUCAGGGCAAAGGUCUGACAGAAACGAAGUUGUUGAUACGUCCUGUGAAGAUGCGGAUGCUACUCAGAAGCAUGAUUGUGAGAUCAUGAGCCAAGAAGGCCAAAACACCCAAGAAGCUGAUUAUGCAAGCUCCGACAAAGUUUCCAAGGGUGGGUUUGGUUCCGAUAUAGGUGUUGUUGGUACAGCACCCACUUCGGGAACAGACCCUGUAGGAACAGAGCAAGUUGACGAAACUCAGAGUCCAGGAAAUGACCAUCUGAGGAAGUCAAUCAUUUCAGCUGGUGAUACAAUGCAAAUAGACUUUGAAACUCAGGUACAUGAAGGUGAUCAGAAUGAUGAAGCUGCUCUCUUGUUAAGGAACAACCCCUUGAACGAUGGAAGAGAUACGCAAGACACAGAGGGAGUAGGGACUAUAAGAACGUCAGAUCUUCUAGCUUCUGAAGUUGCUGGGAGUUGGGCUUAUAGCACAGCUCCAUCUGUACAUGGAGAAAACGAAGCCGAAAGAAGCAGAGAGGAUGAAGAGAGUCAGACUCAAAGAAUCAAGGAAGUGGCCGCUCAAGUAGGGGAGAGUCAAACUAAACCGACAGUUCCUGAGGUCCUGGACACUACAAGGAAAGCUGACGCUGAGCAAGUCGCUGUUGAGGAGACAAUGGGGAUCAUUGAACAGGGAAAAAUAAAUCAUGAUAAGGUUUCUUCCGACUCUGAGACAGUGAGUUGUUCUGAUACAGAUGAUGAUGACCAUGUGAAGGAGAAACUUGGUCCUGUCUCAGACUCGGACACAGAGGGUUCUGAUAUGAAUGAUGACAAGCUGAGAGCACACUCUUUGGAUUCGGAUAGUGAAGGAAGCCACGAAGCUGAUGAAAAUCAAAAACAGGUGGACACCAUGGACGAAGACGAUAAAGCUCCUUAGCAACAAGACCUUGCUCUCGGUUUAACAUAUUCAUUAAGUUUCACUCUCUUGCCAAAUCUCCAUCCUAGUUUAGUUUUCGUACUCGUGGGCUCAUUUUCGUUUAAUUUCGUACAUUAGAAGUAAGUUUGUGUAGAUAGGGCAUGGCAAAUGGUAAGGUUGUAACAUGGGACUUGUAAUUUACGUGGGAACGUGAAUCUAAACGAAUUGAUUCAAUUUUUUUUUUU